AUGGCGACGCGGGCGCGUUCGCUACAUGCCGCAAUGGAAGAAGCUUCAUCAUCCGGCGUUAAAAAAAGAUUGAGCUUCACUAUUAGCGACGAUGACGGAGCAAAUGAUGAAAAAAAAAUACGGGAGAAUUUCUGUCAGCGCAAUGACAUCUGUAAUGAUAUAUCCAGCCAAGGCAUGAAUAGUGUCAAAGCGAUCGAUACGAGAGGAAAUCAUCGCUACCGCACUCGACGUAUGGAAAGGACUGAUGUGUAUAGUAGGAAAGAUACGCUAUACCGACGGCACGAUUUGCCAUCAGCUGACAAGGUUAAGCAACACCGACGAUCUAGCUCUGAGCAGAGCACACCGACGUCGCACAGAAGAGCAGAGCUUGCUAGACAGUGCGUUGUUGCAAAACUGAAGCUUAACAUUAUUCGUCCAGUGUCAAUUUAA